ACUUUUAAUAUUAUUUAACCCAGAAGUAAUUUUUUAAUUAUGUAUACAGAAUUAAUUGCAGUAUUAUUGUUUAUUGUUCACUUUACCUUGUAAUUAGCUUCUUGUGGACAUAAAGUGUCUGUCAUCCGCAGUUUCGCAAUGGGUUACAACAGUUUUGCACGUUUCCUACUAUUACUGUGUGUGCAAAUAAAGCAGCAUAAUGGUGCACGUAUUCUAGGCAUCGUACCGACACCGUCCUACAGCCAUCAAGUCGUAUUUCAACCGAUUUGGACCGAACUCGCCCUGCGAGGUCACGAUCUGACAGUUCUUACGACUGAUCCGAUGAACAACUCCUCUUUACCCAACUUGAAGGAGAUAGAUUUGGGAUUUGCCUACGAUCUUUGGAACGUGAAGCACAACUUCACUCACAUGAUUAGAACGGCACCAGACAGCCUUUUGAAGUUUAUCGAUCGAUACGUCGAGAUGGUGGACGAUAUCGUCGACCACCAGCUCGCCCAUCCUGAAGUGAAGGCGUUAAUCACCAACAAAACGGAACACUUCGACCUGCUAAUGCUCGAGUACCCAUAUCCGAGUUUAACCACGUUCUCGGAACGUUUCGCUUGUCCUUUUAUCGGCAUGACAUCUCUGGAUGCCCACUCGAACAUAUACGACGCCGUGGGCAACCCCUCGCAUCCGGUCCUCAAUCCCGAUUUUAGCCUUCCUUUCGGCGGUUCGUUGAACUUCCGGCAGCGGGUUUUGAGCCUCCUAUUCCAGACGUACACUCGACUAUACGUUCGCAUGUAUUCCUACCCGAAGCUAGAGUCGCAAGUGAGAAAGCACUUCGGCGACGGCUACCCGCCGUUGGGCGACAUUGCGAUUAAAGUUAGUAUGCUCUUUGUUAAUGUUGAUCCGAUAUUUCAUAAUAUUCGUCCGAUUUUGCCGGCAGUCGUGCGGAUAGGAGGCGGAACACAUCUGAAAGCGCCAAGACCGCUUCCCAGCGCGCUGCAGAGUUACCUGGACAAUGCCACCGAAGGCUUCGUCUACUUCAGUUUGGGCUCGAACGUGAAAAGCGCGGAUAUCGACCUACAACUGCGUAACACACUUCUGGCGGCAUUCGCCGAGCUUCCCUACAGGGUGUUGUGGAAGUUUGAGAACGAAGAUCUGCCCGGUCGGCCUCCGAACGUCUACAUUUCUAAGUGGUUUCCUCAACAGGACAUCCUCCGGCAUCCCAAUAUCAAGCUUUUCGUAACACAAGGGGGCCUUCAGUCGAUGGAGGAGGCCGUUUACAACCACGUUCCGAUGCUGGGUCUGCCGUUUUACGCCGACCAGUACAGCAACGUCGACUUAAUGGUGGGAAAGGGAUUCGGGUUAUCCCUAAACCACGCCGACUUGGAAAAGGAGGAGUUCAUCAAGGCCAUUUUGGAGGUUAUUACGAAUCCGAGAUAUCGAAGUCGGGUAAUCGAAUUGGUGAGUGUCGCCUUGGAUCAGCCCAUGACGGGAUUGGAGCGUGCGGUGUGGUGGACGGAGUACGUGUUAAGGCAUAAGGGCGCGAAGAGUUUGAGGAGCCCCGCAAUUGAUUUGCCUCUGUAUCAGUACCUGCUGUUGGAUAUUUUGGGAUUCUUUAUUGCAGUCGUUUUAGUUUUAAUUUUUAGUUUUAUUUUAUUUAUUAAAAUUAUUAUUAUUAUUAUACGAAUGUUUCGUCAGAAAUCCAAAGUCGAUUAGUAAUUAUAAUAAAGU